UGCAGUCGGUCGUGUGUGUGUGUGUCCGUGUGUCCGUCCGUCCGUCUGUCCACCGUUUUUCUCGGUAACCGCGGCAACUCUGAGCGUGAAACGUGGACAUAUUAUCAAGUAGGAGGCAUGCAUGGUAAAAUAAGAUUCUGGAGCGGAGCCCGGGGAAGCUGGCGAAACGGAGGGCUGCCGAGUGGAUGCAGUGGUGACGUUUCGAGACAGAGGUAAUUUAGCAGCACUUUGAUUCAGAGGCUCAUCAUACACAAGUUCCUCUCUUUUUGCUGGUACCAUUCCAUAGGCUGUGUUACUGUGGGUCUCCACCUUCUUACUGUAUGCUGAUCUGUCAAGAUGGCAAAUGCAGGGCGGAUAUCAUUGUCUACUUAACUAAACCAAAGUUUUGUAUACAAAUCCAGCCU